AUGACCCACCUUGAGAACAUUUUUCUUAAAAACGUUGUGUUGUACCUUGAAACUUUGAAAGAUAUCACCAACUUUAUUUUAAUAAACAAAUCGUGUUUUUCUGUUAUUCAAACCAUGUACACUAAUACAUACAAUCUGUCUCUUCAUUCCUCUAUUGAUGACAUCCUUUUCUUUUUUCCUAAAUUGGAAACCUUAUAUUUCCGUGCUGUGUCGACACGUCUGAGAAAGAUGUCGAGUAAUGAUAUUCCUCUCAUCGAAGUAAAUGCCAAACAAAUUUCAUCCAAAUUUUCACAGACUUUAAAAACAAAAUGGUUUCCUCCCAAAGUGCGGAAGAUGCGCAUUUUGUGGAAUGAAAUAGACUCCGUUGCGAAGAAUAAAGACAAUUUUGAACAACUUCAAUUUUUAUUUAUCGACUACACAAUGACUGCAAAAGAAGAAAAUUCGCUAUUUGAAGUGUUGCAAAUUAAAACACUAAGAAAAGUGUAUAUAAUAUUUACUACUACAACUCUUCAAACAAUCAAUAAAUUUAACUUCUCUGAACGAAAAGAAGUGGAAUUUACACUAGUUGUGUUGUUUUCAAGUUACACUUAUGAAGUCGUUGAAGUUGAUGCACUCAAAAAGAUGCCAAAUAACGUCAAAGUGUUUGCCAACUUUCUUUCCAAAGAGACGAAUUCUCUCGAGUUUCUGCCAGCACUGUCGUGUAUUCUUAACAAUUAUACAAUAAACCAAGAUGAUAAAAACAAAUCGAUAACCGUGACCUCAGACGUUAGUGGAAAGGAAGAUUUAAUUUACGAAAAGAUGGAAAAAGGACUUUUAACGACUUUGGAUAUUAUGGACCCAAAAACUCUACCAAAGUGGGACGUGACGUUAAACGCGUACAUCCAACCAAAUCAAACAGAAAAACUCCAAGCAACUUUUAAUUUCCAAAAUCAAAUCAAUUUCGAUUUCAUUGAGGCGGUCAAUAUUUUAAAUGUUGACGCAAAAGACUUGGUGUUACCACGACUACUCAAGAAAAUUUCAAUUAUUGAUUGUACUGGCAAAAUUAACAUGAAAAACUGUCGAGCGGAAAGUAUCACGUUAAGAAAUUUCGUUGGAGAAAGUCUCGAAUUUUCAGACGAAAAAUUGACAAGUUUUAAGUGCGACAACUCAAUUGGAAGGAUUCUAUUUAAACACAAUGGUGUGAUAUAUGAAGGAAAGUUCGUUGCAAAUUUUUCAAAAUAUAUCAAUUUUUCGAUUGCAAAUGGGUUCAUUACAUGCGAUAUUUUAAUUGAAAAAGAUGGUAAAAUAGUCGAUAAAAUUGUGUGUACAAGAUGUUGGUACACAAAUACAGAAACAAUCAACAGUUUUAGAGUUGAAAAUUUUACAAAUGGGUUUGACCUUUCAAAUGAAAAAAUUGACCAAAUUCAAUUGGUUAUGAAUCCAACACAAAAUUCAUUUUCUAAAAAUCUAAAAUUUGGAAACUUAAAAAAAAUUAAUAUAACGGCCGGAAAUAUUAAAACUGUAGAAUUGGGGGUGGUUGGAACAAUUACUGUAGUAAGUUGUAAAAUCGAAAAUUUGAUUAUAAAAAGUGCAAAAACAUUUACUUAUAAAAAUUCAGUUUUUGAAAAUGUCAAAGCUGAAAAAAUUAACAAAAUAAACGGAACAAAGAAAAACAUCAUAAAUCUCAAAAUUGAAAAAUAA